AUGGCUAACGAACGCAGUGUGUACUCGUCCGGCCAGUUCAUGAACCCAGGCCCGGCGCCACGACCUCCGACCGAUCGACCACGUCUAAAUCUCGUUCCCAACAAUAAUCUACCAGGCAACAUGGCCAACAUGGCCAUCUCCCCCAUCCGGAGCACCGCGACUUCGACCUACACCGGCUCCACCAUCUCCCUUCCGAUCGCCCGUCAACAGUCGAACCAGAUGGAUGGUAUGGGAGGCGUUGCCGUCAAGAAGGAGGGCUGGGCCUCCGUGAAGGAGUCAAAGAACUUCAUCAACCCAUGGAAGCAGAAAUACCUCAUCCUGCGCAAAGAGUCGCUCGAUUUCCACAAGGCAGAGGGUGGCAAGGUUUCCUACACCCUGUUCCUCAAGGACGUCGUCAACGUCGGCCGUGUCGAAGCCGCCGGCACCAUCUUUGAGAUCAAGAGGAACCCCAGCGGCUCCUCCAACAGCCCCGGUGAGGACGACGGCCAGACCAAGACGUUGCAGAUUCGUGUCAAGAGCGACGACGACUUGUACGAAUGGAUUGAUCUGAUUUACGGCGCCUGCCCUGGAAUGGGCGGUGUCAGCAACCCCACCAACUUCUCCCACGCUGUCCACGUUGGUUUCGAUCCCCAGACCGGCGAGUUCGUCGGCCUACCGCCCGAAUGGUCGAAGCUCCUCAACUCUUCCGCCAUCACCAAGGAGGAUUAUGAGCGUAACCCUCAGGCCGUCUUCGAGGUCCUCGACUUCUACUCCGACCUGACCAAGCGCGCCGAGAACCCUCAACAAUACUCCAGUCUCACCCCCACGCCCCCCGCCGCCAACCAGCAAAACAAGCAGCUUGGGUAUGGAGGUGGUGGUGCCGGCGUCGCGCCGCCUCGCCCUAUGCCGCCCUCCCAGGCCCAGCGUCAACCCAGCUACAACACCCAGCCCUCAUCACAGAACCAGCCGCGGCGGCCGUCGCCCACCGAGUCGCAGCAGCAGCGCAUGCAGAUGCAAGGCAUGGCCUCCAACUACCAGCCCGACCCUCGCGAGGAGCAACGCCUCAAGCAGCUCGAGGCGCAGCGUGCGAGAGAGCGCGAGAUCGAGGAGCAAAAUCGGAGGGACUUGGAGGUCUUCAACGCCUCCAUUCCCAAGACCAAGACGCCCAUGGCUCAGCAGGAGAUUGGUGGCUACGGCGGUGGAUCGUCGUCCAUCCCUCAAACGGACAGAUACAACCCCUCCAGGGCAGCACCCCCGGCACCGAAGCCGACACAGCAGCAGCAGAUCAACGGUCUGCGUGCCCAGCGCCCGGCACCGUCGCCGCCAACUGCCGGCCAACCUGCGCGACCACCAAUGCAGUCGCAACAAAGCUCCAGCUCGAUGCGGGACCCCAACCAGCAGCAACGCAUGCCCCGUCCAGACCAGCCCAGCCAGCAGCAGCAGCAGCAGCAGCAGAGGUAUCCCCCCAACGGCAGCCCCCAGCAGCAGAGACAACCUCCUCAGGCCCAGGCUCAACCGCCAUCUCGUCUGCCCGCUCCUGUCAAGCCCCUGAACGUCUCCAAGGCCCAGCCCGCACCCCAGAGCGAUGCGGUCAAGGCCGCGGAGGCUGCCCUGACGGCCAAGCCCACCCAGCAAGAGCGCCAGAAGGACGUACGCAUGUCCACCAUGUCCGAAAGCGAGGUCAUGGCCAAGCUCAAGGAGGCUGUCUCCAAGGACGACCCGAAUCUCUCCUACUCCAAGCAAAAGAAGAUUGGACAAGGUGCUUCCGGUUCAGUCUACGUCGCCAAGGUCAAGGAGGGUGCUGUCUCGCCUAUCGCUCGUGAGGUUUUGCGCGCCCAGGGCAUCAAGGCUCAGGUCGCUAUCAAGCAGAUGGAUCUUGCUCACCAGCCCAGAAAGGAGUUGAUCGUGAACGAGAUCAUGGUCAUGAAGGACAGCAGACACCGCAACAUUGUCAACUUCCUCGACGCCUUCCUGCGCAACAACAACGCCGAGCUCUGGGUUGUCAUGGAGUACAUGGAGGGUGGUGCUUUGACGGACGUGAUCGACAACAACCCCAGCAUUACGGAGGAGCAAAUUUCCACCAUUUGCUUGGAGGUGAGCACAGUCAACACACGCAGAUCGUACGUUGUCACUAACUUGAGCAGACUUGCCGCGGCUUGCAACAUCUUCACUCCCAGAACAUUAUCCACCGUGACAUCAAGAGUGACAACGUCCUUUUGGACGCACGUGGAAACGUCAAGAUCAGUAUGUACCCCAAACCAAGGCCCACAUACCUUUGCUAACGAACCCCAUAGCCGAUUUUGGUUUCUGCGCCAAGCUCACCGAGACCAAGUCGAAGCGCGCGACCAUGGUGGGAACACCCUACUGGAUGGCGCCCGAGGUUGUCAAGCAGAAGGAGUACGGCCCCAAGGUCGAUAUCUGGUCGCUGGGUAUCAUGGCUAUUGA